AUGCAGUGGGCUUCUGCGCUAUCACAACAGAACAGCCUGCGCGCCGCCCUCUCAGAGUGCGCCGCGUCGAUCCGGGCGAACAUGGGCGACACCGCGGCCGACCUGGCGGUGGUUUUCGCGUCAUCAGAGUAUGCUUCGGACUACGCCAACCUGCCCGAAUUGGUAGGAGAACUCCUGGGUCACCAGGCGCUGGUGCUGGGUUGCUCGGGCGGGGGGAUCAUCGGCGGCGGCAGCGAGGUAGAGCAGGAACCGGCCGUGUCCGUCACCGCCGCCAGCCUGCCCGGUGUUGUCAUCCACCCAAUCAGGUUCCUGGACGCGGCGCCGGACGAUUGGCACACCGCGCUGGGCGUCGAUCCGGCGGACCAGCCGCAGUUUGUCCUGCUGGCCGAUCCGAUGUCGUUCCCCGCGCAGAACCUUUUGCUGGGGAUGGACUACGCGUACCCGUCCGCCGCCAAGAUUGGUGGUUUGGCCAGUGCGGCACAGGGAGCCCGGCAAAAUGGGCUGUUCCUGGGGCGCGACUACCACGACUCGGGAGCGGUCGGCGUGGCGUUGUCCGGGAACAUCAUAGUGGAAACGGUGGUGGCUCAAGGGUGCCGGCCCAUCGGGUCACCGAUGCACAUCACCCGCAGCGACCGCAACUUCCUGGUCGAACUGGACGGAGAACCGCCCGUGAACGCGCUACGGAGCAUCUUCCAGGGAGCCGACCAACGCGACCGGGAUCUGAUGCAGAGUUCCCUGUUCCUGGGCGUGGUGAUGGACGCGCUGAUCGAUGAGCCGCGGCAGGGCGAUUUCCUGAUCCGCAACGUGAUGGGAAUGGACCAAAGAAGCGGGGUCUUGGCAAUCGGCGAGAUGCUGAAAGAAGGCCAGUUGGUGCAGUUUCACCUGCGGGACGCGGACACCUCGGCGGACGACCUGUCGGCGGUGCUGGAGAGAUACGCGGUGGACAACCGGGAAAACCCGGCACACGGAGCGCUCCUGUUUUUCGUGCCUGGGAAGGGGCAAGUACCUGUACGGUCGGCCGAACCACGACACCGAGUUGUUCCACGACAAGGUUGGCGCGGCGGUGCCGUUGGGAGGUUUCUUCUGCAACGGAGAAAUCGGGCCGGUGAGCGGAACCACCUUCCUGCACGGAUACACCAGCAGUUUCGGGAUUUUCCGCCCGCGCGAGUAGGGGACCAGGGCAAUGGCCGCAACCGUAAAGGUCGGGAUAUCAGCGUCGCUGACCGGCCAGUUCGCCACGCAGGGCUGCCAGGCGUUGGCAGGUCUGACCGCGUGGGUCGAGUACGUCAACGAGCAGGGCGGCCUGGCCGUGGGAGGCGACAAACACCCGGUCACGUUGGUCAGUUACGACGACGGCAGCAUGGCGGGCGCAACACGCCAGGCCACGGAGCAGUUGAUCAGCCACGACAAAGUCGACUUGCUGUUCGGACCCUAUUCCGCCGGGCUGACCACGGCGGCGGCGGAAGUUACCGAGUCCCACGGCAAGGUGAUGUGGAACCACGGCGGCGCGGGCGACGCGCACUAUGCCCGAGGGUUUCGCAAAGUAAUCAGCAUCCUGACGCCGGCGGACAAGUACCUGGUAGGGGCGCCGGAAUUGGUCCGGCAGGCAAAUCCCGAGGCCAACAAACUGGUGAUCCUGCGUAUCGACACGGGCGCUUUUGCCAGGCUCGUGACGAACGGAGUUGA